AUGGCAUGCGACUCUGCAGAACACUUGGACACUUGGUUGGAGGCACUGCGAUGUGUCCAGACAGGUGGAACGAAUGCUCGACGAGGGGCCCAAGACACCUUGGUGGACGUAAGAUCCGGAUUGGAAAACCGUGUGGGCGUGGACCCAACGCGACUCUUCGACCUCUUUGCAGACGGGCCGAGUCCUCGGGGCACAGAUGCGAGGUCACCUACUGCCGAGUCGAAGUCGCUCUCUUUUUCCGUAGUCGAAGCCGAAGAUCCGGCGGCGAGCACGGAUCGGCUGCGGCGCCGGCUGAUGUUCAGCGUGGGGGCGGUUAGCUCGUCCGACCAAGAGGCCAAAGAGGCUGAGCCAGCAACGGUGGAAGUUAUUCAAAUCGACUCGGACUGUGAGGAGCAGGAGUACGAUGAGGUUUGUGGUAUGCCAUGGGUUGGCAGCUUCUGCCAGCUUUCAGGUGCUACCGAAGCCUUGGAUCCUCCAGACGCGCUCUCGCAGCUGAGACAUCUGGAGGUUGAGAUGACAGGGGUGGUCGAGAAGUGGUCGAGAACGCUGGCUGCGACCGAGGCAGACUGCCGUGGAUUGCUCCGCUUCUUCGGUCUCGGUGUUCCCGAGGAGAGCCAGCUCGCAGAGGCUGCAGCACAACUCCUCCGCGCUCUUUGCACCUUCAAGAGCCAAGUGGGCGACGCUUGGAGCGAGCUCGAGCAGCACGCAAUCGAAGAGGCAAGGAAGCGAGGUCCCAGAAAGUCAGCGAAGCCUGCACGCCUGCGAGCUCGCACUCAGACCACAGCCACGGAUACAUCCGAGGUUAACGUGACCGUGACACGGUCGGAAUCCAACGAGACGCUGGCCACCCGAAAACUCAACGACCAAGUGCACCAGGCUCGAAGGUGCAUCCAGGAGUUCACAGAGAAGCGGGACAGUUUCGAGGUGCAAAUGGCCGGGACGGCAGCAACAGGGGACUCGCCAACCCAAGAAGAGGGCUUCGACGUGGACGCCGGCUUCAACGAGCUCAUGGCAUGGACCCCGCCGCCUCGCUCCCAAGCACGGGGCAAAAAGAAGAACAAGCACCAUGGACGGAAGCACCGAACCCAACCAAAGCCUGCCACCACUGAGGACAACAGCAUCGCCCAGGAGGAAAGCCAACAGCAAAGCAGCACAGUCUCACCCACCAGCAGGACCGCGACAGAGUACAGCAACUACGUCUGCCCCCAAGGGGACGUUCAGGAAACCGACGCGAGCCACGCCUACCACGAGGACACCGAGAACUCCCGGGAGAAGCACGACAAAGACACCUACUACCAGCCCGCCGGUGGACCGACACCGACCUCCACACCAUGGACACCUCAGCUUGUUCCUCCAGAUGCCGACGAGACACAGCUGCGGGGACUGCAUCCGCACGUGGACGUGUUCGAAGAGACAGCAUCCCCAGCCGACGAGCACACGGGGACCAAGGACUGCCCACAGGACAGCGGCAUAGGGGAACAGACGGAGGCUGACUUUUUCCACCAAGAGGAAGAAGGUGACUGA